AAAAUCUCUUUUUGGACCCGAAAGCCCAAUACUAGGUUGCUCCGGUUGGGAGUAACCCCUUUUCUUCAGUCGUCUACGAAGCAACGCCAUUUCCCUUUUUCUCCUCUAGGGUUUUGCCACCUCUGCAACUCUUCCAACAUGCAACUCACCCUUGAAUUUGGUGGGGGAUUGGAGCUUCUAUGUAACUCUGUAAAGAUUCAUAAUGUCAAUGUUGAACCACAAGACAUUGAAUUGCAAGGCGGCACAAAGAAGUUAAUCAUGAAAGAUUUGCUAACUUGGAUCCGUGGGAAUUUGAUCAAGGAGAGGCCUGAAAUGUUUAUGAAAGGAGAUACUGUGAGACCUGGUGUUUUAGUCCUAGUGAAUGAUUGUGAUUGGGAGCUAAGCGGCCAACUUAACACAACACUUGAAGAGAAGGAUGUGGUCGUUUUCAUUUCAACCUUGCACGGUGGAUAGCGUCUACAUCAUUGUUACACUGCUUAAAUGAUAAAUGCAAUGGUUUUGUAAUGAGAUUGUAAUAGUUUGGUAUAAUGUCAAUGUUUGUGAACCUUGUUACCGUGAAAAAGCAUUUAAGAAAUAGAUGGAAAGUUUUGGAUCAA